CUCGUUGCUCUGCCGAACAUGACAAUCAAGAACUUUCAAAUUGAAUACGACGCCAUCAACAUCAGGAAUACGUUUACAAAUGGAGAUACCAUAAAUGGAAGGAUCAUCUUGGAAGUCGACAGGGAAACGAGGAUCCGAUCACUUGCUUUUAAGGCCAAAGCAAAAGCUAGUGCUUGCUGGACUCAACAUUAUCACGACCAAAGUGAUGUUUGGUUUUCAGACGAGAAAUAUUACAGUAUCAAACAAUAUAUCCUGAAAGAAGCAAGAGAACGUGGUAGUGACAUCGUUGAAAAAGGACAACAUGUGUUUCCUUUCAGCUUCAAGAUACCCAACGGAAAAAUACCAUCAUCUUUCUGGUCAAUCUACGGCAGAAUUAUUCAUAAACUGAAGGCAGAGCUUAAACAGCCUAUGAUGGUGCCAAGAAAAGCUAAAAUUCAUUUCAUCUUUGUGUCCGAAGCAGACAUGAGUAUCCCAGGACUCCUGAUCCCUCAACAUAUGCACAAGGAUAAAAGCAUUGCUUUUAGUCCGGGAAAUGUUACAAUGGAUGUUUAUACUAAGAAGAAGGGAUACAGACCUGGUGAGGACGUGAGAGUCACAGUUAAAGUCAAUAACUGCUCGAGACGCUCAGUCCAGCCCAACUUUGCGCUGUAUGAAAAGAAGACGUUCUUCGGAGCAAAUCGGAGCAAAGUUGAAACCCGUGAGAUACUAAGGGCAAAAGCUGAAGCUGUGGAUUCCUGCUCUGGCAAGAAAACGGUGACAAAGGUCAUCACCAUCCCUAAAGAGCUUCCUCCGUCCAUUUUGAAUUGCACCCUCGUCAAGCUUGAGUACAAGCUGAAGAUCUACCUAAAUAUCACAUGUGCAUCAAACCCAGAGGUUAAAUUGCCUAUUAUCCUCCUGCCUGAUGAGUCAGCUGUAUUUCUACCACCGUCCUAUGACAGCUUUGGAUUUGAAGCGUUUGGAAACCAACACCAGAUAUCCCAGCACACCACACCACAAGCUGCCAACCCUCCACCAUCCUAUGAAGUAUUUGAAAUGUACCCCCUCUUUCCAUCUACAGAAAAUCAGUCUGAGAUCUACGGAAUAUCAGAAUAUCGAUCCUCUAACAUCCUAUGAAGUAUGUGCAACGUAACCUCCUUUCCUGCUACAGCUCAUCAGACUGUAAUUUAAAUAUCUGCUGUAAAGAACGCCGUUAAAUGAGCGUGGCACUUGUUUACCAGCUCAGUUUUAUUUGGCAGAGUAUUCGUAGUGGGCAAAAGUUAUUGUCUCCAUUAAUGCAUUGGUAAAAUCUUAAAACGUGUUGAAAGGGCCAAACCAGAUCUGGUAGAGAUACCACGUUAAUAAGAAACCAGACUAAGCACGUCAACUCUGAGAGGAAAAAUAAAAGACCAUAAACCAAAGGAUUAAGACCCCUUGGGAAUAGUGAUUUCAAGCCCAUGAGGAUAAAUAAUCAUUAUUUGUUUUCUUAACCAUGUCACUAGAGUUGCACCUGAUUAAAAAAAAAAAAAAA